UCUAAAUUAACGUGUUAGUUCUAACUGAAAUGCAUGUUAGCUAGCUCUAAAUUAACGUGUUAGUUUUAACUGAAAUGCAUGUUAAUGCUACCGGGAUGCAUGUUAGCUCUAAUGGAGAUGAUGUUAGUUCUAUUACGAGGCAUGUUAGUUCUAGUUGGCGUUCCUGUUAGAUCUAGUGGAUUUCAUGAUGGUUCUAUCUUCCCUCAUGCAUAUUCCUUGGAUCUAUCUUCUUCCUUUUAAUUUCAGCUCAUACAUUACUUGGUUUGCAGCACUCACUCUAUGGCUACGAGCCGGAUAAUUUAGAGCUAUUUUUGCCAUGUAUUGUUAAAUUGGAUAUAAACUUUAAAUUUGGUUUAAACUAUCGUUUAGAAAUUGUUUAGUGAAAUUGAAAGAUCAACUUGAUGACGUUUUUUGAGCGAUUUUGAACUUCUUAUAUGUGAUAAUUUGAUAGCUUGUAUAGACACUCCACCAAUUCUCUCACGUGAGGCAACAAUGGAAGAAGAUAAAAGCCAGGACCAUGAUCUACUAUCUACAACAUGGCUUCCCCCUCAGGCAUCCGAGCAUGAGGAGAAUGGUGAUGAGCUUAUGGGCGUUGAAAAUGGUGAAGAUAAUUUAAACAGCGUUGAUCCAUAUAUCGGAAUGGAGUUCUCUACUCAUGAGGAAGCUUAUAAUUUCUACAAUGCAUACGCCAGACUUAAGGGAUUUGGUGUUCGCAAGGGUCACACAGCUUGGUCGAGAAAGAAAGAUGCAAUCCUAUCUAGAAUAUUUGUAUGUGACAAAGAAGGCUUUAAAUCUUUAAAAGAUAAAAGAGAAGAUGGUCGGAAUGUAAUUCGAAAGUUCGAUACAAGAUGUGGAUGCAACGCAAGGAUGGUUAUUGGACUUGAUAGAAGCACUGAAAAAUGGGUGGUCCGAAAGUUAAACAGUAAGCAUAAUGGUCAUCCAUUAACCACCCCAACUCGGGUAAAGAAGCACUACUCACAUCGGACACUUCAUCGAGCUCAAUCGACAAAAAGGUUGAUAGAUACUCUUGACAAUCAAGGUUUACGGCCUUCUGCCAUUUGUAAGGUUGUAGACGUUGCUCAUGGCAAUGAACAAGGCUCUCUCACUCAACAAGAAUGCCAAGCACAACUUAGACUUAAACGAAGAAACAACGUCGGCCAUGAGUGCGUGAACAUAGUUCGUCAAUUUCAAGAGAAAAAGGUAUCUGAUCCUCAAUUUUACUUCGCACUUGAUUUAGAAAAUGAUGGGACGAUGAGAAGUGUUUUUUGGAUGGAUGGUAGGUCGAGGACUUCUUACUUGCAAUUUGGAGAUGUUGUUUGCUUUGAUGUUACAUAUAGAACGAACAAUUUAAAAUUGCCGUUUGCACCAUUUACGGGCGUUAACCAUCAUCGACAGUCUACUCUAUUUGGGUGUGCGUUACUGGCCGAUGAAACGGAGGAGACGUUUAUAUGGUUAUUUAGCCAAUGGUUAAAAUGUAUGUCGGGUAUAGCACCAGUAACAAUCAUCACUGAUCAAGAUAAAGCUAUGUGUGGUGCUAUUCACAAAGUUUUUCCUAAAACUCGCCAUCGCUUUUGUUCUUGGCACCUUCGUAGGAAUGCCUUACAAAAUCUUCAAUCAAUGCAUAAUGAUUAUGGUGAGGAUGUUGGUGUAAAGUAUAACAAAUGGUAUUGGAGUAAAUCGGAAGAAAAAUUUGAAAAGCGUUGGGAAGAAAUGAGGGACAAAUAUGGUGCAGAUAAAAGGAGUUGGUUAGUAAAUUUAUACAAUCAUCGAGAUCAUUGGGCUCCAGUGUAUCUUAAAGACACUUUUACUGCAGGAAUGACAUCUACUCAGCGGAGUGAGGGAAUUAAUGCUUUUUUUGAUCAUUUUGUGAAUGUAAAUACCGAGUUACAUGAUUUUUAUGAUAAUGCUGUCAGAGCUCGCCGAGCCGCUGAACUUGAGCAAGAUUUUAAGUCCACAGACUCAGUUCCUACAUUGAUAAUUGAACAUCCCAUUGAAAAACAAGCUCGGGAGAAUUAUACGAAGAAUCUGUUUACUAUCUUUCAGAAAGAACUCAAGGAUAGUUACUCCAUGCUUCAUGAAAAGUUGUCGAAGGACGGCGCAAGUGCUACUUAUGCCGUUUGGAAUAUAGAUAGCGAGGCUGAAAGCAAGAAGAUAGUAAAGCAUCAUGUUGUUUUCGAUACAUCCAAAGAAAAAAGAAUUAAGUGCUCUUGUGCGAGAUUUGAGAUGGAAGGUAUAUUAUGCAAACAUAGCUUGCACAUUUUAGUAAAGAAGCAAGUAUUAGAAAUUCCAUCAAGAUAUAUCAUGCAACGAUGGACAAUUAAAGCAAGACAUGUUGGUUGCGGAGUUGUUAGAAAUUGCAUUACAAAUAGUGAAGACCAACUAUCUAUCAUUAAACAUUGGGCCCUUAGGAGUAGAUGUAACAAGGCACUAGAAGAUACAUUGACUUUAAGUACACUUCAUGAUAAGUUUAGUGCUUUUUUAGACUCAUUUUUUGAAGAAGUUGAGAAUUCCAAGAUUGAGAAGGAACAUAACGACAAUGGAAAUGAGAGCAAUGCCAGCAAUAAGAUACCUACUUCAUCCAUACCCAUUGUAGGCGUCAAAAUUUGCCUAUGA